AUGGUGGAAGUGAAUGCUAUUUUCUCUGGGUGCAACUGUGAGUUGCAGGUUUUCGAUUACAAUGAUCAAACACGCAGAAUAGCAUAUGGAGCAGGAAAUACAGUUGCAAUAACCACGCCAUUUUCAAAGAAUCUUGAUGUCCGUCUUUGCCAAACACUCAAGAGCCACACUGCAAUUGUUACGGUGGUAAAAUGGCUGCCGGAACAUCAACUUCUUAUCUCUGGGGCUGAAGAUGGUGUCACUAAUAUCUGGAAAUAUACAGAUGACGGUACAUUUAGCAUCAAGCAAACAUUUGAAGAAGAUGAAGAGAAGAGCAGCAUUACGUGCAUAAAUAGUCCUGCUGGAUAUGAGAAGAUAUUAAUAGUAGGCCGUGCAUCCGGCGCAGUUGAAGUGUGGAGUAUGGCUGAAGACGGAAGUGAAAAAUUCAGCUUAUUUGGAAAAUUCGAGAUCAACUCCGAGUUCUAUCCGUUAUCGGUUAGUGCAAUUGAGGUGAGGCCAGAGCAGCUGGUUGUGUUUGUUGGGGGCACGAAACCAAACCUAUACGUGUACAGUUUGGACCUCAACAAUGCAGAAUCCAUAACUUGUGCUGCCAAAUUGGAAGGACACGAAGACUGGAUUAGAGCUUUGGCAGUUAAGCGAAUAGACGAGGACGAGUUUGUGAUUGCAAGCGGCUCCCAGGACAGAUGGAUCAGGCUCUGGAAGCUGUGCCUCAACGAGAAAAUCGACAACUCGGACCAGGACAAGUCGAAAUUGCGGCUUCUCUCCAACAAGCUGUAUAAAUUCACGAUUGGGGGCAGCACAAGGUGUGCAGUGAACUUCGAUGCGAUCAUAAUGGGCCACGAUGAUUGGAUAUCGAGUCUCUGCUGGCAUGCAACGGAGAUGCGGCUUCUUUCUGCGUCUGCAGACUCGUCGAUUAUAGUUUGGGAGCCGGAUCCAGUAAGUGGAGUGUGGAUUUCGAAAGUCCGGCUUGGUGAGAUGGCAAUCAAGGGUGCUUCGACUGCCACGGGCUCAUCCGGUGGGUUCUAUUGCUCCAGAUGGAUAGUGGACGAGGUGUACGGGCGUGAGAUUGUGCUUACAAACGGGAAAACCGGCUCUUUUAGGUGCUGGUAUCACGAAAACGAGCCUAAGGACACAAGUCUAGGUCCAAAGACGGCUGAAUAUUUGCAGAACGCGUCACUAACUGGACCAUCCGGUAAGGUGACGGAUGUGGAAUGGUCCAAAACUGGAGAAUACUUGCUUGCAACAUCGCUGGACCAGACUACGAGGCUUUUUGCACAGUGGACGAAGCACAGUCGUGAAGAGCAGGCGGGAAGAUGCAAUUUGGACACGGAUAAGGCUCCAUGGCACGAAUUCUCGAGGCCGCAGAUCCAUGGCUACGAUAUGAUCUGCGUUAAGCCAAUUACAGAGACGCGGUUUGCGUCUGCCGGGGACGAAAAGGUGAUCCGAGUGUUCGACGAGCCGAAAUCGGUUGCAGAUCUCCUUUUACAGUUGACAAAUGUGGCAGGCGGCAACGAGAGCAUGCCGGAGAGUGCCAGCCUCCCAGUAUUGGGCCUUUCUAACAAGGCAGACCUGGAAGACAUCGAGGAAGAGAUUGAAAAGGAGGCGGAUCGUCCAGAGUCGGGAGACGAGCUUCGGAGAUCGCCGGAUGAGUCUGAUGGGCCAGAAAAGCAUGCGAAAACCAACAUGUUGGCCGGGUUGCAGGCCCCACCUUUGGAGGAUCACCUCCAGAGAUACACGCUUUGGCCCGAGAAGGAGAAACUAUACGGCCAUGGGUUUGAGAUCACGACACUUGACGUGUCGCCGGACGGCAAACUGAUAGCUUCGGCCUGCAGAUCGAACUCUGAGAAGCAUGCUGCGAUCCGGUUGUUCAACACGGACAACUGGCAGCAGCUAGACCAAACACUGGCAGGCCACGAACUCACCAUCACGCGUAUUCGGUGGUCUCCUACCGGAGAGUAUCUCUUGAGUGUUUCGAGGGACAGGAUGUUUUCGUUGUGGCAAAAAGGCGAAGAUGGACAGUUUGUGCGUCUCGCAUUGCAGCCGAAGGCACACACGAGGAUCAUAUGGGACUGCUGCUGGAUCCCAAGCUCAAUCUGCCGGUGCAUGUUUGUCACAGGUGCCAGAGACAGGAAAAUCAAGGUUUGGGAGCUCGAGAAUGCUGCCCAGACCACAGUGAGCAACAUCUGCACUAGUGAGCGGUUCAGUUCUGCUGUGACUGCACUCGAUGCAUAUUCCGGGUCUGUUGUAAAGCACGCAAUACUCGCAGUUGGCCUAGAUAACGGUCUUAUGUACAUAUACUCGGUGGAUAACCGCGGAAGUCUAAAAGAGCUGCUUCAGGUGGAUCCGGCAAAGACUCCGGAUGGAUCGAUUUCCAGGCUCUCGUUCCGCCCACCAAGACAUGAAGAUACCGACAGAAUUUACUUGGCAGUGGGUAGUGCUGACCACUCGGUGAGAAUAUUGAGUUUUGGAGUGGCUGAGCUAGGCAUCGAGGGAAGUAAUGAUUUAUAG